AUGGCAGCAAACGUGGCGCUGCCCUCCACCUCCGCCUCCUCGGUCCUCCGUCGCCGCCUCCCUCCUCGCCGCUCCGCCUGCCCCCGCAGAGCAGCCUCCAGGCUAUCCAUCGUGGCUGCGAUGAGCGACGACCCACUCAAGGAGUGGAUCCUCGCAGAGGGGAAGGCCACCCAGAUCACAGGGACCAGCUCCAUUGGGGGCGGCUGCAUCAACGCCGCCCAACGCUACGACACCGAUGCUGGCUCCUUUUUUGUGAAGACCAGCAGGCGCAUUGGUCCAGCUAUGUUUAAAGGGGAGGCUCUGGGCUUGAAGGCGAUGUAUGACACCAAGUCAAUCCAUGUCCCUUUGCCGUACAAGGUUGGUUCAUUACCAACUGGUAGUUCUUUUAUCAUCAUGGAGUAUAUUCAAUUUGGUCGUUCUAGGGGUGACCAGACAGCUCUAGGAAGAAAGCUGGCUGAAAUGCAUAAAGCUGCAAAAUCUGACAAGGGCUAUGGUUUCUAUGUUGAAAAUACUAUUGGAAGCACUCCACAAAUCAACACUUGGACUGCUGACUGGAUUGAGUUUUACUCAAAGCAUAGACUGGGAUACCAGUUGAAGUUGAUAUCACAGCGGUUCGGAGAUUCAGCCAUAUAUGAAAAAGGUCAGCAAUUGAUUGAGAAAAUGCAUCCACUGUUUGACGGUGCUGUUAUUGAACCAUGCCUGCUUCAUGGAGAUUUAUGGAGUGGAAAUAUAAGCGCUGAUACCAAUGGAGAUCCUGUAAUAUUGGAUCCAGCAUGCUACUAUGGACACAAUGAAGCAGAGUUUGGGAUGUCCUGGUGUGCUGGAUUCGGAGGGGAAUUCUACCGCUCCUAUUUCGAGGUGAUGCCAAAGCAGCCAGGCUUUGAGAAGAGGAGGGACCUGUAUCUCCUAUACCACUACCUGAAUCACUACAACCUUUUCGGCUCUGGGUACCGCUCCUCGGCUAUGUCCAUAAUCGAAGACUGCCUGCAGAUGCUGAAGGCGUAG